UGCGGAAAGAGGUGCAUCGAACGUGAAUCUUUCUCUCCUGAGGAAAAACGCGCGAACUAUUCGUUUAUUUGGAGGAGCGAACGAAGCGGAGGAAGAGCAUGUAUAAAAACAACAGGCUCACCGGUUUGCACGAUCAAAUGUCGACAAGUGUUUGCUGAGUGUGGACAACGUGGAAGAUUUGAGUCAGCAAACGAAAAUAACAACGAUGACGCCAAUUUUUGUCACUUCGUUUCUUUUCUUUAUACUGAGUUGUUCCUCCCGCGCACAACUCGCUAGACCGGACUAUAUACGUUGCCAAAACAAUUUGGAGUGCGAAUCAGGCUACUGUUGUAACAUAGGACCGAUAAGGUACAGUAUUCCAGAAUGUAGAGCAAUGCAGAAAGAAGGAGAAGUUUGCAGACCAGGUAGUGCCUCCGCCAUUAAUAUGACCGUGGGAUAUCCUGAUGGCGCUUUGGUAACGUUGACGGAUGUUCAUUACAUUCUUUGUCCCUGUGCAAAUGGAUUAUCAUGCGAUGCUAAGGAAGGAGUUUGCAAGGAUACGGGUCUAGAACGCGAUACAAACCGUUUGUUUGGAGAACAUAACAAACGAGACGAUUAAUUAAAUGCGACCAAACGGUAGCGAUAUGAGAAAUCCAGGACAUGAUUCUUUCCUAACGAUAUAAAUAAAGGACCAAAGCAUCGAGUAUUUUUAAGUUAAAACUUGUUAAUAAAAUUUAAGAAUUUGAUAGAUGCCAUGUAUAGCCAAAUGAACAAAAUUAAUUGUAAAAUAAUGUUAGUUUGAUCACUAGUGUAAGUUAAUCAUUCUUGAAAAGUUUAUGUUUGUGAUAUACAAAUUUUUAUGACGAAACAAGUUGCUUUGGAGAAGUAAAUUAUCGAUUAACUUAUUUUUGUUUUACAAUUUCGUAUCACCGCUAGCCCGAUCUAGUAAUGAAAAACAAUUGUUAUACAAUAUACAUACAGUACCAAGUAUGAUAGGGUUUCACAGGGAAAUUGGCGAUGUCCUUCCCUCGAAUAAAAAAUUAUUUUAAAAUA